UCAUGUAGCAGUGGGGCAGAUACUGAUACGGAUAUGGAUGCCGAUACCGAUAUUGAUACAGAUCAGAGAAAUAUACACGAGAGAAAGAAGAAGAUAUGGGGGUGGGGGAAAGUGCAUCGAAUCGAGAGAGAACCCAAAAGGAUCACGAAAUAUCUGUGACCACCCCUUUGAUUUUAUCUUUUGCUGAUUCGUAUCCCCUCACAUCUUUCCCAAAGAAGAUCCAUUCACGCAUUUUCUCAAACACCUUCUGUUAUAAAAACCAAGCCCCACAACGCAUUGAUACCUCCAUUAUUAUUUACUUUAUCUUUUGAUCUCCGCCGGAAUCCCCUUCAUUUUCUUCUUUGUUGCCGCUGUUGUUUUUGGUUCUUGGAUAGAUUUAGCAGUGGGGUUUUGUUUAUUGGCUUGAAAAGAGGACAUGGAUGUUGCUGGUGGUUCUGGUUCUUUGUUAAAGGGAAUGGUGGAUCAUGGGGAAGUACCUCAUGUACUUGCUGUUGAUGACAGUCUCAUUGAUCGUAAACUUGUCGAAAAGUUGCUGAAGAACUCCUCUUGCAAAGUGACUACAGCAGAGAAUGGGUUAAGAGCAUUGGAAUAUCUGGGCUUGGGAGAUGAUCAAAAUAGAUCGAAUGGCAAUUAUUUUUUGCAGGGUUCAAAGAUAAAUUUGAUAAUCACAGAUUAUUGCAUGCCAGGAAUGACAGGAUAUGAACUGCUUAAGAAAAUUAAGGAGUCCUCUAUCAUGAGUGAAGUUCCAGUUGUAGUAAUGUCAUCAGAGAACAUCCCAACUCGAAUCAACAAAUGCUUAGAAGAAGGAGCUCAAAUGUUCAUGUUGAAGCCCCUCAAGCAAUCAGAUGUUAAGAAGUUGAGAUGCCAAAUGAUGAAAUGUGGACGGUAAUCACAUUUACUGUGGACUUCAUUACAGAAAAUUUUUACACUAUAUUUUUGUAGGUCCAACCCCCCACCCAAAAAAAAAUUUAAAAUACAUUUUUUUUUCUUGUAAUUUACUUAUGAAUAGAGUUUUUUUUAGCUAAUUAAAUCUAACCCUCUUCCUGCAUACGGAUGCACUAGAUUAGUAGUCUUAAUGCGUACUUUUUUUUCUUUAAAAUUUUGCCAUUGAGAUUGAACUAUAGAGCUGAAAUGCGGUUGAUUAGGUGAUGAAUUUUGCAUGUAGAGCAAGUUCUAUUGAGUA